CAUACCAUAAUUCUAUGUUUAUUGGGGUAUUCGUAUAAUUAAUUAUGAAGUUAAUUAUACGAAAAAUGAUAAAUGUUGAGAAUUAAAGAUGAUAGGAAAAAGAAAAAAAAAGAAAACAAUAACAACAACUCAUAUGGCCCAUGCAUGACAUGUCUCUCUAUAGUCGAGACUCUUGAUGUGAUCUUCCAUCUUCCACCACUUCCUAUUCCUUUCACCCACGUUAAUUCUUACCCUAUUUAGCGAAAUCAAACCUAUCUAUCUUCAUUCAUUAAUGAUCACCGCGAUGUCCGACAAGAAAUAUUUUGCAGAAGGAUCGUCAAGUUUUUCUAACGUUGUUCAUCAAACCCGGCAACAAACAACAGCAAGCCGUUAUGAGUCACAGAAAAGAAGGGAUUGGACCACCUUUGGCCUGUACCUCAAGAACCAAAGGCCCCCAGUUCCUGUCUCCCAGUGCGAUUGCAGUCAUGUAUUGAAUUAUCUCCGAUAUAUUGACCAAUUUGGAAAGACUAAAGUUCACCACCAAGGAUGUUUAUUUUUUGGACAGUCGGAGCCUCCUGCACCUUGCAAUUGCCCACUUAGACAAGCUUGGGGUAGCCUUGAUGCUCUUAUUGGAAGGCUUAGAGCUGCUUUUAAUGAAGAGAAUGGAGGUUCACACGAGGCAAAUCCUUUUGCUAGCGGUGAAAUUCGAGUUUAUCUUCGAGAGAUAAGAGAGUAUCAAGCUAAAGCAAGGGGGUUGCCGUAUAAGAAGAAAAAGAAGAAGACUAAUCAAAGUAAGGGAAGUGAAGAACCAAGUUCUUCUGUGCACUUCGCGGUUUAAUUCCUUUUGCUCAUUUGAAUAUGGUGAUUUUAGUACAUGUCGGUUGAUUUCAAAUUUGGGAUAUGUUGUUAAUUUGUAAUUGUUCGCGUUGUGCAAACUCCAAUAUGAAUCCGGACAGAAGCAAUUAUU